ACUGUACUUGACUUUGUAUAACCCAGUCCACAAUGUUUAUACAAAUUUCAUUGUGUUUUCCGCCAAAUGGCACUACUAUUAGUUGAUUAAUGACUACUUCAAACAUUGGGAAUAUCCACAAUUAUAUCUGCAUAACUCAUCAUAAUUUGUUUUUCACUGCUCAACUGUGAAAUCUGCAGUAUAUCUUCCUAUUUUCCCACGUUUUGCUAGUAUCAUGCAAAAAUGAACCAAAUCCUCACUUUUGCUUUGCUCUUCAUAUCAUUCUUUCUUAUCCUUGACACAACCAAAUGUGAUGAAGAUGAAACAUUGGCUAAAGAUGCAUUACUCAAGUUUAUUGCAGAGGUUUCUAACAAUAAUAGUACAUUAAUUCUUGGAACUAAUUCAGGCUGGAACUCAACAUCAGAUCCUUGUGAGGACAAUUGGCUUGGUGUUACAUGUAAUGCAAAGACACUUUCUGUGGAGAGAAUAAUUCUUGAUGAUUACAAUUUCUAUGGAACUUUUGAUGCCAACACAAUUUGUAACGUGGAGUCAAUUGCGGACACCCUUUUUUACCUCAGUCUAAAAAAUGACUUACUUCAGGAAAAAAACAUGGAUAGCAUAGACAAGUGCAAACACCUAACACACCUUUUCCUAGGUGGAAACCGGUUCUCGGGUAGCCUUUCACAAUCAUUUUCAAGAUUGAAUAACUUGAAAAAGCUCGAUAUAUCCAACAAUGGAUUAUCAGGUGUUCUGCCUGAUAUAUCCAGGAUAUCCGGUUUGAUGGAACUCGAGGCUCAAAAUAACCAGCUAUCAGGGGAGAUACCUGAAUUUGAUUUCUCCAAUUUUGUUGCAUUUAAUGUCUCAUUCAACAAUUUCAGUGGAUUUAUCCCGCCUGAGGGUGAUCGUUUCCCUGUUAGUAGCUACAUGGACAAUCCUCUGUUGUGUGGCACCCCGUUGGCAACAACAUGCUCAUUGUUGCCCGAAGAGGCAGACUCAGAUGAUCAUGACAAGCCAAAGAGAAACUUGACAAGAGAUGAAAUUCUCAUGUUUUCAGGUUAUAUUCUAAUUGGCCUGGCUCUGGUUGUUGUUAUCCUUUUAUGCAUCUACAGAAAAAGGAAACAGAAGCAGAAGAAAAAGGAGUUGAGUCUCGAGACGAUGAAAAAGGUGGCUGCAUUUGAUCAUGGUAGUGACAGGAUUACUAUUACAUCAAUGGAUCAAUCUAAGAAAGGCGCGAGCAAUUCAGGUUUCUCAUCAGCUGCAGUUUCUUCUGAUGAAAGCAACACCGCGAUUUCACAGUCACUCGUGGUUCUUACAAGUCCAGAGAUGAAUAAUGGAUUAAAAUUUGAGAAUUUGCUGAAGGCUCCAGCUGAGUUGCUUGGAAGAGGGAAACAUGGUAGUGUGUAUAAAGUGAUGUGUGAUAAUCCUAAGAUGACUUUGGCUGUGAAGAGGAUAAAGGAUUGGUCAAUAUCUGGUAGUGAGUUCAAGAAGAGAAUGCAGAAACUUGACCAAAUCAGGCAUCCAAAUGUGUUGCCUGCUGUUGCCUUUUAUUCUUCUAGACAAGAGAAGCUUCUUGUCUAUGAGUACCAAAAUAAUGGUAGUCUUCUUCAACAUCUACACGGUUUCCAGACAGGCCAAACAUUUCACUGGAGCAGCAGACUUUCUAUAGCUGCAGGUGUAGCCGAUGCUUUAGCUUUCAUGCAUCAGGAGCUUCAACAUGACAGAAUUCCUCAUGGAAACUUAAAAUCAUCAAACAUUUUGUUGAACAAGAACAUGGAACCAUGCAUUACUGAAUAUGGUCUAAUGAGCAGUGCUGGCAUUAGUACCAUACAAAACCAGGCUCAAUUUCCCAGCAGUUCCAAUGUCUUCCCUAUAACCGACGAAAAUGCAGAAGCAUUGUUUAAAGCAGACAUUUAUGCAUUUGGGGUAAUUAUGUUGGAGUUGCUAACAGGGAAAGUGCAAAACAAUGGACUAAACCUUGCAAGUUGGGUUGUUUCUGUGUUAAGAGAAGAAUGGACAGUUGAAGUGUUUGAUAGAACAUUGAUACAAGAAGGUGCUAGUGAAGAGAGGAUGGUUAAUUUGUUACAAGUUGCUGUAAAAUGUGUGAACCAUUCUCCUGAGGCUAGGCCUAGUAUAAACCAAGUUGCUCUGAUGAUUAGUACUAUACGAGACGAGGAUGAUAGGUCCAUCGACGUUUCUGCAAGUACUAGUACUGUCAUCUGAUCAACCUGAAUGCUUCCUUGGUUUCAAAUUGUUCGUCAUUUUACUUUCCUAGAUUCGACUUAACCAUUUUUUAACUUGAGGAUGAAUUACUUGAGACGUUCAACGUCAUGUAUGGUAGGAGUUAACAUUCUCCUACUUUAGCAAUGUCUUAUCUUGAUUUAAACAUGUGAUAGUUUGUAGUUGGAAUGCUACUACCUUCUAUUUCUUGUAUUCAUCCUUGCCAAAAAUUCCACUUUGAACCUAAAGAUUCCAGUGACAUGUAAAAAAAUUGGGAUUAGUGUUUUAGUAGAGUUAAACUACAAGAUUUGAACGAGUGGUAUCGCUUGUUGCACCACGGACAGAGGCAAU